AUGUCUGAAGCAUUAAAAGUGUGUCUGCGACGUCAAGAGGAGUUAUUUGAGCGGGUUAGUAAAGCGCAGAUUAAUUACAAAAAAUCGCCUAAAGAUCGGCUUACUGUGAAUUAUAUUGAAACGAAAAUAGAGGCGUUAAAUAAACUGUGGGAGUCAUUCUUGAGUAUUCAUAACGAGGUUGUUGCCUCUGUAGAUAAAUCUGAGAAAUCGAAACUUACCUAUUUUGCCGAAGAUAUGUAUUCAGAGUUUGAGGAUAUUUACGAGACCUACAAAAUCAAAUUAAAAGAUGAUCUACAGUUAUACCAGCCGACUUCGUGUGUGAGCGCAUCUAAUAACCAAACCAGUACUGUGGCGACAUCUAGUGACGUGAGAUUACCAACAAUUCAUUUGCCAAAAUUUUCUUGCGGAUACGAAAAUUGGCAAACUUUCUAUGAUAUGUUUGUGUCAUUAAUUCAUACAAAUGCUACACUAACCGCUGCUCAAAAACUACAUUAUCUGAAGAGCUGCUUAUCUGGAGAAGCUGAAAUACUACUUAAAAAUCUAUCAACAACAGAUGUAAAUUAUAACGAGGCGUGGAGCCAGCUGGUUCGACGAUACAACAAUAAGCGCUUUAAUACUAAUGAAGUUAUGAAACGUUUAUUUUCUCAAAAGAAUGUAACGAGUGAGUCGCCCGCUGCUUUAAAACAACUUUUAGAUACAACAUCAUCCUGUUUAAAAUCAUUACAAAAUUUGGAAAUAGAUACGAGUGCAUGGGACGCCAUCAUAAUUUAUUUGGUAGUCACAAGAGUAGAUGCAGAGACAAGAAAGCUAUGGGAGUUAGAGGUGAGCCGAGUACAUUCAGACGGUGAAGCAGAUUCUUUACCUACCUGGGAGGAGCUGAAGAGAUUUAUCGAGACGAGAUUUAGAACACUAGAGAUGUUGGAGUCAUCAAAUCAUUACAACUGUAGAGCAGCUAACACAACACAAUACAACAACACUACGAGACAAACUACAAAACAGAGAUCAUUUCAUUCAUCAGUAGAAGAGGAGAAGAGAGAGUACACCUGUGUAAUGUGUUCAGGACAACACUUAUUAUAUCAGUGUAAGCAAUUUGCAGCACAAACACCAGAGAAGAGAACUGAGUACGUGCAAUCAAAUCAUUUGUGCUUCAAUUGCUUAUCACCUUUUCAUAGCGUGAGGAGUUGCUAUUCAACUACGAGCUGUCGUCGUUGUGCUCGACGACAUCAUACACUACUGCAUUACGAGAGAACAUCUAACCGCGAAGAGAGAUCAACUGCAGAGGUAUAUUCAAAUCAUGAGAAUACAUCCCCUGAAGUUCAAGAGCGAAGCCAACAACCUGAGAGAAAAAUUGUAGCACAUUUUACCAAUGAGAGUCAACUGAGUAGAGUAUUACUGGCCACAGCUAUGGUCAAAAUCAAAUCACCUACGGGUCAUUCACAAAUCGUUCGAGCUUUGAUUGACCAAGGAUCUGAAGCAUCAUUCAUAACAGAAGCCACAGCACAAGUCCUGAAGUUAAAGCGAGUUUCAGUGAACAGUCUUAUAUCAGGAGUCGGAGAAGGUCAAACACAAACAAAGAGUAUGGCUUCUUUUGAGAUCUUAUCUUUGCACAAUCCUGAGUUUUCCAUCCAAGUCAAUGCAUUCGUGUUGAAAAGAUUAACUUCGUUUAUACCAUCCAGAGACUCACCUAUACAUGAUUGGCCAGAGAUCACCAACUUACCUUUAGCUGACCCUACCUACAGUACACCUGGACGGAUUGAUAUUAUUCUGGGUGCUGAAGUCUACGGAGAAAUUCUACUAGAUGGUCUUCUGAAACAUUCGAAGUCAUCUGGACCAGUUGCACAAAAUACGCAAUUGGGCUGGAUAUUAUCUGGAAAAAUCAAAAAUGAGUUAGUACAAGAAAAUCGCAAUAUUAUCAGCAUGCAUAUACAAGUAAAGGAAGAUGAGCUUUUAAAACAAUUUUGGGAGACAGAAGGAGAACCUGAGAGUUUCAGAAGGAGAAAGACGAGAGAGAAAAUGCAAUACAAAGAAAUUUACGAAAAAACAACUGAGGAGAGAGACUUACGAGAUGCUUACGACGUAUAUCUGCCACACCAUGCAGUGAUUAAAGAGCAAAAACAAACUACACGAGGAAGAGUGAUUUUCGACGCAUCGAGCAAAGGAGAGAACGACGUGUCUUUAAAUAACAAUAUGCUCGUCGGACCUACAUUACAGAGUGAUCUACGUAAUAUUCUAGUGAGAGGGAGAUAUCAUAGAGUUUGUACAGUUGCAGAGUUAUUUAAUAUGUAUCGUCAAGUUGUCAACAAGCAAGACACCGAUUUCCAAAGGAUAUUGUGGAGAUCAAAUCUAGAAGGACAUGUUCAACAUUACCAACUACUGAGACUUACCUUUGGAACAUCUUGUGAACCUUACGUAGCUGUGAAGUGUCUGCAACAACUAUCAAAAGAUGAGCAACCAGGUUAUCCCCUAACAGCGCAAAUUACACUGCAAGAUUAUUAUAUGAAUCAUUUACUUACCGGAUGUAAAACCACAGAGCAAACUAUAGACAACUAUCAUCAAAUGAAUACUUUAAUGAGAGCAGGUGGUUUUGAACUUCGAAAAUGGAGCAGCAACAGCAAAGAAUUACUGGAACACAUCUGUAAAGAUAAUCAAAUAGAUAAUCAGUUAUUAUAUUUCAAGUAUAAUGAUAACACUAAGGUAUUAAGAGUCAUCUGGAACAAAACAAACUAUGAAUUUGAGCGUCACUUACAACUACCUAACAACGAGGAGAAUCGAGAAGAUGUCACUAAAAGAAAGCUGCCUGAAAAGGCGCGUCCUUACAACCCAAUGAGCUACACAGUAUCAAAUGGCGUCAGAGCGAGGAGUUUUAAACAAAACCUGUGGAGAUUAAAACUAUCCUGGGAUGGAAAGAUCACCCCGCAACUAUUACACGAGUGGCAACAAUUCAUAGAUGACUUACUAAAAUUGGAGAAGAUCUUCAUACCGAGAUGGUUACGCAAUAGAACAUCUGAGAUACUUACCAAGCUGGAACGAGAGCAGUGGAGACACGUGGGUAUACAUCAGAACCCGGCUGACAGCGCGUCUAGAGAACGAGGAGAAACGUCUUACCGAGCUAAAUCUAAAUUACCUGACGAACUUCUGCAUCUUCUAGCAGACGAGGAAACAGCAUGGAGGUACCAUCCUCCGCACGAACCGAACUUCGGAGGAGUAUUUAUUGAAGCUGAUGUUCGCACAACAAUAGUGCAUCUGAAAAGAGUAAUCUGA